AUGGCCGUAUUAAAAUCCAUUGAUUUACCAGCAAUCGACAAAAAGCAAAAUUUAGAAAUCGAUACUACAGGUCGCCACUCAAUCUUUCAAAUACGUGGCGCAUUUUAUCCUCCAAGACGACGAAAGAGAAAAUCGCAAAAUUCUAAUCCAAAAAUUGUGAAAGGGAAGAUGUUAAACUGCAAGGAAGUAUUAGCAGAUGAAGAUAUUCAACUGCUAGAGACAUAUCUCGAAAGAAUUGACCAAAAACUCGCUAAAUUGACGACUAUUGUUGAAAAAGAACAAAAUAAAGAAUUACAGCCUUUAAACGUCAAAAAUUUAAAAUUUUCUUUCUUAAAUAUCGAUGUCUUAUUGGAAUUAUCGAAGAAUCUUGGAAACGGUGCAGCAUUGUCCGAAAAAGCUAUAUGCGAACAACAAGAACAAGUCUUUUCCGAACAGAGAUUGACGAAUUCUUAUAGGCAAUAA